AUGGGUAGUCUGAGGAUAUCUGCACUAUGGGGCAACAAAGAGGCAUUGGCUGUCAGGAGCGAACACCUCCGCCAGACCGGCCACAGGGUAUCACACAGAUUAGCCGCGACGCUGCGCUCGGUAGCGGCACUGGGCAUGCUGGACAUGCUCCAGUUUCUGGAGAACCAUAUCGGCGACGACCGCGAGCUGCGGCUCGAUUGUCUCAGGGAAGCCGUCUCCUACCGCCGGCUCGACUGCGUGCAGGGGGCUCCUGAGGUGAUGGCCGCUGCUCUGGGCCACUAUUGGCGCGAAGGAAGAGCGCCGAUUCUCAAGGCUCUGUUGGAGAGUGGCUUGGGUCCCAAUGCGACUUCUCUAGGCACCAACCGGACACCGUUUCAGUAUGCUGUGGAGAUGGGUGACGAGGACUCGGCAAGGCUGCUGGUCCAGUAUGGAGCCGACGUGAACGCCACGAUCCCUCAGUCCAAGGGGAAAAAUCACACGCCGCUGUUUUUGGCAGUUCAGAGGCGUCAAAUUUCAUUGAUUCGAUUGCUGUUGGAAAAUGGGGCACACCGGACGUAUUGGUGGAAAGGGAAGAGGUUUCAAGUUCACACGGACGCCCGGAUCCAUCACGUCCAACGGGCGCUGGGAGAAUUGGGGCUGGCCGUGAAGGGCGAGUAUUACAUUCUGCUGGAUACAGAUCUAUAA